CGGGUGUGCUCGAGAUUCUGUGAAAAUCAUCAGAAAAUCAAGGAUUUUCACUCCAAAGAGUCCUCAAAACUAUGCAAAAAGAUCCUUGAGAGGCUAAAGAACAGAUCUACAAAGUGAAAAGAGUGUUUUCUGUUGUAGUUUUAACGAAAACCCGAUACAAUGGGCACUUUGCCACACAUCGUGUAUGAGAUUCUUGAUAUCUUCCACAAGGCCUCCUUCUUCGCCCUGUCACUGCAAGCGGCUCUCGUGAUCCUUGUUAUUUGGCUAAUUCUGCACAAGAACAAGAGCAACGAGAAGUCCAGGAACCUCUCGGCUGAGCAGAAGGCAGCCCUGAUCGCCAACUGGACGCCUGAGCCUCUGGUCGGAGACACACCGCUGGAUCAUCCGGCACUGUCUCCGCGCCUCGUCACUGGCCGUGUGGGCAAGAGGAUCACCGUGGAUGGGCGGGAUUGUCUGAAUCUGGGCACUCACAAUUACCUGGGAUUGCUGGAGGAUGAGGACAUCCAGGAGGAUGCCAUUCGGAGCCUGAAGAAGUACGGCGUGGGCUCUUGCGGUCCCAGAGGCUUCUACGGCACCGUGGACGUGCAUCUGGACCUGGAGGAGAAGCUGGCGCAGUUCAUGGACAUGGAGGAAGCUGUAGUCUAUUCUUACGGCUUCUCCACCAUCGCCAGUGCGAUUCCGGCGUAUGCCAAGCGGACGGACAUUUGCUUCGUGGAUGAAGCGGCAAACUUUGCCAUUCAGAAAGGCCUGGACGCUUCGCGCUGCACUGUAGUCUACUUUAGGCACAACGACAUGAAGGAUUUGGAGGAGAAACUGCUGGAGCAGAGCGCGAAGGAUGUGGAGAACCCCAAGAAGGCCGCCAAGACGCGCAAGUUCCUCAUCGCCGAGGGCAUUUACAUGAACACGGGUGAGAUGUGUCCGCUGGCGGAAUUGGUGGAGAUGCGCAAGAAGUAUCGGCUGAGAUUCUUCCUGGACGAGAGUAUCACGUUCGGCACGAUGGGCGCCACAGGCAGAGGCUUGACUGAGCACUUGGGUGUGGAUAAGGACGAGAUUGACCUGAUCUCGGCGUCUCUCGAGUGGGCAGUGGGAACAAUUGGUGGAUUCUGCGUGGGAUCGUCAUUCAUUGUGGACCAUCAGAGGCUCUCAGGCUUGGGAUAUUGCUUCUCAGCCUCCUGUCCACCGCUACUUACCCAGGCAGCGCUCAGUGCGCUGGAUAAGUUCAACAAGCACCCAGAGUUAUUCGCUGAGAUUCAGGAGAGCUCCAGAAGGAUGCAAAAGAAAUUGGAAAAUCUCUCUAUGUUGGCUCUCCGCGGGAAUCCCAUCUCACCGGUGAAACAUCUGUACAUCAGGCAGGAGAAGUCCAGCAAGGCUGAAGUCACUCUCUUGACUGACAUCGUGGAGAAGUGCAUUUCUCGGGGACUUUGUCUUGUUAAUGCGCAGUAUUUGGCACAUAUUGAGAAGAAGUGUCCUCGGGCGAGUAUCCGUCUCACUGUGAACCGUCUGCUAACGGAUGAGGACAUGGCGUUUGCCUUCGAGACGCUGGAGAGCGUCAGCAAAGAGAUCCUGGCUUAGGUUUUUGCCUUCAUAUUGACUCUGCACGGCAUUUUAGCAUUUCACGCGGCAGUAAUUUUUUGUCCAAUAACAAUGAACAUUGUGUUCGCAUUUAUUCCAUCGUUAGGCACUCUCAAAUAUAUAUUUAGU